AUGAAGCUGUGGUUGGAGAUUCACCUCAUAGUCCCAGAAACCCCUUUCACCGGGACCAUGAGUAACCAGACUCUGGUAACAAAGCUUGUCCUGCAGGGUUUCUCAGAGCACCCAGAACACCGCGUGCUCUUACUCAGCUGUUUCCUCUCACUCUACUCUGCGGCACUCACAGGAAAUAUUCUUAUCAUUUUGGCUAUCGCCCUCAACUCCGGGCUCCAUACCCCCGUGUACUUUUUCCUCUUCAACUUGGCAACUGUGGACAUUAUCUGUGCAUCUUCCGUCAUGCCCAAGGCACCGGAGGGUCUAGUAUUAGAGGAGAACUCCAUCUCCUAUGGGGGCUGCAUGGCCCAGCUUUACUUCCUCACCUAGGCUGCAUCUUCCGAGCUGCUCCUCCUCACGGUCAUGGCCUAUGACCGGUAUGCAGCCAUCUGCCACCCGCUGCACUAUGGCACCAUGAUGAGCAAGGCAUUCUGUGGCACGCUGGCCGCAGGUGUGUGGGCACUGUGUGCCUUCAACACGGCCGUCCGUGCUGGGCUGAUGCUGCGCUUGGAUUUCUGUGGCCCCGAUGUUAUCACCCAUUUCUUCUGCGAGGUCCCUCCUCUGUUACUUCUCUCCUGUAGCUCCACCUAUGUGAACAGCAUCAUGAUUGUCCUGGCUGACGCCUUUUACGGUAUAUUGAACUUCCUGAUAACCAUCGUGUCAUACGGCUUCAUCAUCUCCAGCAUCCUAAAGAUGCGGACUGCGGAGGGGAAGAAGAAAGCCUUUUCCACCUGCUCUUCCCACCUUAUUGUGGUGGGCAUGUACUAUACUGCCGUGUUCUACGCCUACAUCAGCCCCGUCUCCACCUACAGCGCGGAGAAGAGCAAGUUGGCUGGCGUACUAUAAACCAUGUUGAGCCCUACUCUCAACCCCCUCCUCUAUACUUUGAGAAACGCGGAGGUCAAAGCAGCUCUCAGGAAGCUUUUCCCCUUCUUCAGAAAUUAA